GUCGCCUUGCUCGUGUUGGAGGCGGACCGCAGCUGCCGAGGAGGUCCGUCCGGGCAGCCGCCAGGCCAUGGGGGGACACCUGCCGAGGAGCGGCGCCGCGCGCGGCAGCAAGUGCGCGCCGCCGUGCGGGCCAGAGGCGGCGUGCAGACAUUUCCCCAACAGCACGUCGCUCUGCGUGUGCGUGCACGACGCCUCUCCGGCCGUACAGGGUCGCAAGUGUCCGCGUGUCGCAAUUCCCGUGUCGCUGCGGUCAAUUCCAGUGAUAGUGCCGACCAAUGGGACAAACGGAUCGCUGUGGCGCACAUCUCUCCAACAGCUGCCCCCCAAGCCCACGGCGCCGUCGUGGGCGGCCGGCACGCUGCAGACGGCGGCGGCCGUGUCCCUGCUGCUGGUGGCGCUGCUGCUCAGCACAGCCGUCACCUGCAUCUGGCGGCGCCUGCUGGCGGUGCGGGCCGCUGCUGUGCCUAGCGCUGCCCCGCCACAUUCCACGUUGUCGGACGGAGAGGACGGGCUGAGCGGUGCAGAGGAGUGCCUGCUGGAGGUGGAGCGCGACACGGCGCACGACGCCAGCCGGCGGCCACGCCCACCAGCCCCCGCUCCCUCGUGACGACAUCCGCUUCCUGCACCAGUCGGGCGCCGGCUGCUGUACACAGAAUUCCAUGUCAGCGAACAACUGUGUUUGACAUGAACGAGUCGUCUUCUAAUAGCAUGACUGGAUCCUGCUCUAUGUUCUCUGAUGACACAUCAGAGUUUGAUGGGUGAUGGCAGUUGCAGUUUUGGAGGCUGGUGUUAUGUGACCACCUAAACUUUUUACUGUCCACGAGGACCAUAAGGAUCAUUUUUACUUUCCUGCAGCAACCUUUAUUCACCAAAGUAGUAAUCAGUGAAGCCAAUUGCCUGCAAUUGUUUUAUUCACUUCCAGUUCAAAUGCUCCUAUGUUAUGACAGCUCUGUAAAAUUUGAAACAUUCUGUGUACGAAGGCCUUGGUCUUUAAUAGAAUGGGUGUGUUAUGUAUGUCUCCCAUGCUCUGCCUACAGUCAGAACAAUUUCCCAUCCAAAAGUAAUCUGGCAAAAUCAUUUACUGCUAUGGAUCUGGCACCUCACAUAGAACAUAGAUGCAACAGAAGUAACAUAAAUAGGAACUACAUACAGACAAUGUAAUAAUUUGUACAUAACAGCAGUUGCUGGCAGAAGGGAUAAUGACACCAUAACAUUCAACUAAAAAGAAACAGUGAUCCUGUUGCAGACUUCUAGUGAAAGCUUAUGUUAAUAUGGAAAGUAUUACUGAUACAUAAAACAGUACAUUAUUCUAAGGAAAAUGUGAAAAUAUUUACAUAGCUCAAAACUACUUACUCUCAUGCAAUAAUAAGAAUGCUGUCCUUACAUGCUACUGAAAAUGGAAGUGAUAUGGAAUGAUGCACAAAUUUUUUCCCCUUCAUUAUUUCACUUCUUCAAAUCUUCAGAGUGAUUAGCACAGGCAGCAGCGUGCUCCUGUUGUCCAAGAAACACUGCCUAGCUAAAACAUCAACUAUUAUCUGGUGAUGACUUACAAUAACAGAAGUUCAUAAUGCAAUUAAAAUAUGGUAGAGGAUUGUCAAAGUAUGUGUUACAUAUUUGUUCAAUCAUGACCAAUUAAUCUGUGACAGAAUAGUUCUGUAAUUUUAUAAUUACUGUAACUGUUAUUUUAUACACAUAAAUCUAUGUGAAAUACAUUGUUUGAAAACGUUAAAUAUCUUUGUUUCAUUUUAAAACAGCUCUGAUGGUGAUCUUGGUUUUGUUGAAAAAUGGAUAAUCAUGAAAAUGACUUCACAACUGAAAAUUGGUGAAUGCAGUAUUAAUAUCUUAAAGAAAAGAUAAACCUAGUAAGAGGACAGCAAAAUGGAGAGGGGGGGGGGGGGGGGGGAGGACAUGGCAGCAGGUGGUUAAGGGUUGAAAGGAUAGAUACAUAGCAAGACAUUUCUCUUGUGAAAUUAAGAGAAUGGAAUUUUGUACAUUAUGAAAAGGAGAUGAAAGGACUUGGCAGCAGAAGGUUGGUAGAGACUGGGUGGGGAGAGGUCAUAAUGACAUAUCAGGGAGCUGAAACUUGUUUCAAGAGCUAGAUAUUAAUUAGUAUCAACUUGUUAUGUAAAAUCAGUCUUUCAAAAAUAAGAGUUAAUGGCAAGCAUAAAUAUGUUAAUAUAUCUACAACUAGAUACUUGAGUUCAAGGUGGUAGGUGGAGAGCAUGUUGCUAAAAAUAUUAAGAAUGACCAUUUCAUGCUACAAAUCAUAUGAAAGUAUUGAAAUUUCUUCUAAAAUGUCCUAUUAAAAAGUAUGCUCCUCCAAAAUUUGUGACAUAAUUUAACAUAAAUCCAGUUUAAUAACAAAGCUGUCUCUUCCUCAAUAAUAGCCGCUUUUAAUUAUGUAAAUAAUUUCCUAGUGCUGUUGUACCACACAACUUAUAGUUUCUCCUACAUUUAGUUAUACGAUAUAUGUUAAUAAAGUUGACAGAAAUUCCUUCAUUAAACAUAAGAUACGUAAUUUUCAGUAGAAGCAUUAACAAGGACAAACCCAGUGACAGAGAGCUGUAUCACUUCAGUAUCAGUCUGAAGAAAUCCAGUACUUGUAACAUGUACUGACUAGUAGCAACUGUGUUGAGUGCCAUCUGCUUUGAACUCUCACAAAUAUUUCAUCAGUCACCUCAAAACAUACAAGCAUGUACCCACCUCUGUGUCAGAUACUGGGUACUGUUGUGGGUUAAUGUUCUUUCACAUCAAAAAUUUAUACAGUUUCAGUAUAUGUUUUGAAGCUCAUUCCAUCUGGAACACAGACUGACAAACAAAAAUCCUGCUCAUUACAACAUUAAGUGUACAUUUUAUUUUACAAUUAAAAAUUGUAUGGACAGGCCUCUACCAUAUAAGCAUUAAAAUAAGGUACAUAACAAUAAUGUAUUUGAUGAUGUUGAUGUAAUUAAAUGGUCAAUUAACACAAUAAUAUUACAAGUAUUAUUUUAAUACAUUUUCACUUUGAAAUACAAGUAUUAUUUUUUAAUGUAA